AUGUCGUCGGUCAAUCCUCGUGUCUCAGGCCUCUGGUCUACCUCUUCCCGCAUGAGCUACGUUUCAGUCCCCGACUCCUACGAUGAGGACAGCGAGGACGGUGACAUCGAGGCGGCCUUUGGGUCCGCGGAUGAUCUCGAUGGGAGGACACCCCUGGAUCGGACGAUUGACCGUAUCGGCAUGGAGGGCAUCCGCCGGUCAGGGAGCUACCAGUGGACGCUCCUAUGUCUAUGCGGCUUCGGGUGGAUGGCCGACAAUAUGUGGAUACAAGCAAUGGCCAUCAUCCUUCCAAGAGUACAGCAGCACUUUGCUAUACGUGACACUUACGUUGGCACGCUGUCCUCGUCUAUGUUUGCCGGCAUGAUGUUCGGUGCAGUAGGCUGGGGAACAUGCUCCGACCUCAUGGGUCGCACCACUGCAUUCAACGCGACGCUGUUUUUGACGGCGGUAUUUGGUAUAUUCUCCUCGUUUGCAGGCACGUUUGCGUGGCUUUGCGUCGCCUUGUUCUUGCUGGGAAGCUCUGUUGGAGGUUCCAUGCCAACCGACGGCACGCUCCUGCUCGAGCAUAUGCCGAACGGCAAGCAGUAUCUCGUCACUGCACUGUCUGUAUUCUUUUCAUUCGGCGCCGUACUGUCUGCGGUCAUCGCUCUGCUCGUCAUCCCGAAGAAUUCGUGUCCUCCGGCUCCCGCACCAUGCGACGUAGAAUCUCAAAAUAUGGGCUGGAAGUACCUCCUAAUUGCCUUGGGGCUGAUCACGCUGUCGAUGUUCAUCGCCCGCAUAGUCUUUUUCAGAUUACACGAAUCUCCCCGGUUCCUCGUGCAUGCGGGGCGUCCAGAAGAGGCGAUGGAAUCGCUCCAGCUGAUUUCUCGCUUCAACGGAGAGGAGCUGGACCUCGGCCUCGAAGAUAUCGAAGAUGUCGAGCUGCCUCCCACCGCGACUACCGCAGGACUUGCUAACGACGCGCCAAAAUCAGACGACAGUUCUACGACGGCGACCCUCAUCAGCCAUACCGUCGAACGCAGCGAAGACGCCCUCCGCGACCCUGCCGCAGCGACGUCACACUACAACACGAUGUCCGAGCCCGACGUCGCGCUCGACGCGCACAGCUUCGGCACUCCCCUGCCGCCUCCCACUGCUCGCAGACUCUCCGCGGCGAGCUUCGACCCGAGCCACCUAUCCUCGUCCGGUCCACCUCCCCUCACGCCCUCUAGCACGGCGCAGCUCCUCCCGCGCGUGCCAUCUGCUCCCGAACUGUCCGCACAGGGCAGCGAACUCCCCCCGCCGCGCCCUCGUCCGCUUUCGAGCUUGACUCAGGGCAGUCGGCGCAUGAGCAGGCGUUUGUCGACUGCCUCUUCGUACGUCGAGAGCAAAUCCGGGGGCAUAUGCAAGGCGCUGCCGCGGUGGGUGCGGCGCCCGCUGCUGGCGUGGAUCGACCGCAUCGCGAUGGUGCUCUCCCCGGAGUGGAUACGAACGACGCUGUUGGUCUGGGCGGCGUGGUGGGCGAUGUCGUUAGCGUACACGAUGUUCAACGUGUUCCUCCCGAAGCUGCUCGAGACACGUUCGACCUCGACCGACACCGAUGGUGCGCCGAAAACGCUGGAAGACAGCCUGUGGGACGUUGUCAUAUACUCGCUGGGCGGAUGUCCCGGUGCGAUUCUCGGCGCGUGGUUGAUAGACUCGCGGCUUGGUCGGCGGUGGUCGCUCGCGGGGAGCACCUUCGUGACUGCGUUCUUCUGUUGGGUGUUCAUUGUGGUCGAGCACCCGUGGGCUGUGCGCGCGAGCACUGUCGGUAUCAGCUUGAGCGCAACGGCAAUGUGGGCCGUAUUGUAUGGGUGGACUCCCGAGAUAUUCGGGACCAAAGUGCGUGGGACGGCCUGUGGGAUCGCCUCGGCGCUCUCCCGAAUAGGUGGAAUGAUCGCUCCUAUGCUCGGCGGGACGCUGCUCACGAUCGACCACUCCUUCCCCGUCUACGCGAGCAUCGGCAUCUUCAUCUUGGGAGGCCUGUGCGUGAUCAUGUUGAAGGAGCGCGAGGGUGCCCGGGGCGGGCAACGGAUAUUGGCGCACUGA